AUUUUAGUAAGUCUGUCAUUUUUCAUAAAUUUUAAAAGCUUAUAGACGUGUUGCGGAACACCGCGUGGCAAAUAAAAACUACAUAAUUUUACGAGACUCACAUUUGCGAACGCAACAACUCGAUAAAGUAUUAAUUUCUGAACGAUGAAUCAAGCAGAUACAAAUGGUCAAAUUGGAACUCCAGCAGGACAUACUUCCAGCGAUGGUUCUGCUACUGGUCCACCAAAAACUGCAAAGCAAUUGGAAAAGGAAGCUAAGAAAGCUGAGAAAUUAGCAAAACUUCAAGCUAAGUUAGAUAAGAAGGCAGCAGUUCCUGCAUCAACGGAAAAGAAAGAAAAACCUGAGAAAAAGGUUAAGGAGACCAAAGAAGUUGCUCUAUAUACAUCAAACACAGCGCCGGGUGAAAAAAAGGAUACUUCCGGUUUUCUUCCAGAUGCAUACAGUCCUCGCUAUGUUGAAGCUCAAUGGUAUAGUUGGUGGGAAAAGGAAGGUUUUUUCAAGCCAGAAUACGGUCGUACCAGCAUAUCAGAACCAAAUCCAAACGGUAAAUUUGUUAUGGUUAUCCCUCCGCCCAACGUGACUGGUUCUCUACAUUUGGGUCAUGCUUUGACCAAUGCUAUUGAGGAUGCAAUUACGCGUUAUCAUCGAAUGAAGGGGCUGACCACCCUGUGGGUGCCAGGCUGUGAUCAUGCUGGUAUUGCCACUCAAGUAGUUGUGGAAAAGAAACUUUGGCGUGAAGAGAAAUUAACACGUCACGAUUUGGGGCGUGAAAAAUUCAUUGAAAAAAUAUGGGAUUGGCGCCGCGAAAAGGGUGUGCGAAUCUACGAUCAGCUUAAGUGCUUGGGAUCGUCAUAUGACUGGACUCGUGUAGCGUUCACAAUGGAUCCUAAAUUAUGUAAAGCUGUAACAGAGGCUUUUGUGCGUUUACAUGAAGAUGGCAGUAUUUAUCGUAGUUCACGUCUCGUGAAUUGGUCUUGUGCACUGCGUUCGGCUAUUUCCGAUAUUGAAGUGGACAAAGUGGACAUACCCGGAAAAACAUUCUUUGCAAUACCAGGUUAUACAGAUAAGGUUGAGUUCGGUGUUUUGGUUAAAUUUGCUUACAAAGUUGAAAAUUCCGAUGAAGAAGUCAUUGUGGCUACUACACGUAUUGAAACUAUGCUGGGUGACACUGCUAUCGCCGUACAUCCCCAAGAUGAACGCUACAAACAUUUGCAUGGCAAAUAUGUGCAGCAUCCUUUCUGUGAUCGUCGUUUACCGAUUGUUGUAGAUGAUUUUGUUGAUAUGAAUUUCGGCACUGGUGCUGUGAAAAUUACACCAGCUCACGAUGCCAAUGACUACGAUGUAGGCAAGCGCUGUAAUUUGCCAUUCAUAACGAUUUUCAACGAUGAUGGGUAUAUUAUUGGCGAUUAUGGUGAAUUUAAGGGCAUGAAACGUUUCGAUUGUCGUAAGCGUAUACUUGAAAAACUGAAAGAGCUCGGUUUAUAUCGUGAGACUAUCAACAAUCCUAUGGUAGUUCCCUUCUGCAGUCGCUCUAAGGAUGUAGUUGAACCCAUGAUAAAACCACAAUGGUAUGUGAAAUGCGACCAAUUGGCUGCUGAUGCAACAGAAGCUGUACGCAAGGGCGAACUGAAAAUUAUACCGGAACAUCAUACCAAAAUCUGGUACCACUGGAUGGAGGGUAUACGCGACUGGUGUGUAUCGCGACAAUUGUGGUGGGGUCAUCGCAUACCAGCCUAUUAUGUGAGCUUCAAUGAUGACAGCAUUAAAGGUGGCACUACCGAUGACGAGGCUUACUGGAUCGUUGCCCGUUCGGAAAAGGAAGCGCUCCAGAAAGCAGCUGAAAUAUUUAGUGUGGAUUCAAGUAAAAUCGUAUUACACCAAGAUGAAGACGUCUUGGAUACGUGGUUUAGUUCCGGCCUCUUCCCCUUCUCAGUUUUCGGUUGGCCUGAUAAUACCGCUGAUUUGGAAGCAUUUUAUCCCACAACAUUACUUGAAACCGGCCACGAUAUUCUCUUCUUCUGGGUGGCCCGCAUGGUAUUUUUUGGGCAGAAGUUACUUGGUAAAUUGCCUUUCAAAGAAGUGUACCUCCAUCCAAUGGUGCGUGAUGCUCAUGGCCGAAAAAUGUCCAAAUCUCUGGGUAAUGUUAUUGACCCCAUGGACGUUAUCAGAGGCAUAACACUUGAGGAUUUACAUAAUCUCUUGCACGACUCAAAUCUCGAUCCACGUGAGAUUGAAAAGGCCAAAGCGGGUCAAAAACAAGAUUUUCCCAAUGGCAUACCGGAGUGUGGUUCUGAUGCUCUACGCUUUGCACUAUGUGCGUACAUUACUCAAGCGCGCGAUAUUAAUCUCGAUAUUAAUCGUGUUCAAGGCUAUCGUUUCUUCUGCAAUAAGUUGUGGAAUGCAACAAAAUUUGCUCUGAUGUACUUCACUGGAGAGGAGCGCUACUCGUCCGAUUUGGCGCUUAAUGGUAGUGAAAACAAUAUGGACUUGUGGGUGCUAUCCAGACUUGCCGUCGCAAUCGAGGCGUGUAAUAGUGGCUUCGCACAGUACGAUUUCGCAGCUGUCACCACGGCUUGCUAUAGCUUUUGGUUGUACGAUUUGUGUGAUGUAUAUUUAGAGUGCGUAAAACCAAUUUUUCAAAAUGGCAGUGAUAAACAAAAGGCAGCAGCACGUCGUACGCUAUUCGUUUGUCUAGAUUAUGGUUUGCGUAUAUUGUCACCCUUCAUGCCUUUCAUCACCGAAGAAUUGUUUCAACGGUUGCCGCGUGUUGAUGGCACGCCUAGCAUUUGUGUGGCUGCUUAUCCAGAAAAUGUUAGCUGGCGAAACGACAUCGUCGAAAAGGAAGUUGAGUUUAUGCAGAAAGCAGCGCGUAUCAUACGUUCAGCGCGCUCGGACUAUAACCUGCCCAAUAAAGUGAAAACAGAAACAUUUAUUGUAUGCACUGAUGAGCAGUCCAAUGCAAUUCUCAAAAAGUACGCCAGCGACUUGGCCACAAUUGCCUAUUGUUCGAAAAUCGAAUUUGUUACUCAGCCACCAACAGGUUGCGCAAUACUUACUGUCAGUGCGCAAUGUGAAGUACAUUUGCUGCUUAAGGGUCUAAUUGAAUCGGAAAAGGAAAUUACGAAAUUGCAAAAGCGCAAAGACCAAUUGGAGCAAACAGUGAGUAAAUUGAAGCAGGCGAUGCAGUCGGCUGAUUACGCGACAAAAGUGCCUGCUGAAGUGCAAACAGCUAAUACCGAAAAAUUACAACAAUCGGAAGGAGAAGUUCAACGAAUUAUAACAGCUAUUGAGACUUUAAAAUUGAUGUGAAUUUGACACAGCGUUACGCGUAUGCUUAUUACUAGAACACUAGGCAUUUACACUUUUCGUUUAGAUGCAUUUAUACUUGGCGAUUAUAUUCAUCUCCCCUCUUAUUUUGUACGCUUGUUACGUUGAUUUUCUCUAUUUAUCUUCUUACCUAGUAAGCUAAUUCGCAUUAAAUUUCCGCUGUUAAUCAGUUGA